AUGGCCUUCACAGCGCUCAACAACAAGCCAUCGGCACCCAUUGUACCCGUGCAAGCACCUGCAGCACCCGCACCAUCUGCGCCUGCCCCUGCGCCGGCAGCAGCACCGACGCCCGUACCCCAUCCACAGGAAAUUGAUGUCGCUUUUGCUAGCAAUCAUGAGCUGCGAAAGCGCGUACACGCAGCGAUAGACCAAAACCCUACCCAAAGUACUCUUUUUCGCGACAUUUCGACAUACAUCCUCAAUCAAACCUCGCAGCCCGCCGCUGAGCCAGCGACUAAGAAGCGCAAGAUCGAAGAGAGUGUUGCCCCACAGAACGGCGCAUCAAACGCAGGAGGCAGUCUUACGAGCACUUCAACGAAAGGUUUCAAGACCUACCCAGCCGUCAGCGUCGCGAUACCACAGCGGAAGAAGUUCACCCUCGAGCUACUCGACAAGAAGGAUGGCGGCAUAAGAGCCAUUGGCGCAAACGGCAAUGUAGAAUUCGUUAUCGCGUGGAAGGACGUCGACCAGGUCUUCUGCCUGCCUAUACCCGAGAAGGCGAAGAAACAGCAUCAUUUUGUCAUUAUACCGGUACACGGCGAUGGAGUGGCGCCCGUGCCAGAAGAAUUGAAGGGCUCACCGCCAGAGCCAAUCGUAUGGACCUUCGAGGAGGCGACAGGGAAGAACAUCGUUGAAGGCGAAGACCCAGGGCCAGCACCCAUGGCUGAGGCGAUACACCACUGCUUAAUACAAGCCGGCACCGGAAAGGAGGUCAUCUUCCCCGACGCCGAGGAGUUCGCGAGCGCAGUGCCAGAAAGCCACAGGAAGGGCGAGAAGGCAUAUCACGUCAAGGCGCACAGGGGAAGCAAAGAGGGCUACCUAUUCUUUACCUCCGUAGGCAUCCUCUACGGCUUCAAGAAGCCCCUCGCCUUCUUCGACUUCGCCUCUAUAGAAAGCAUAUCCUACACCAAUGUGUUGCGCAACACCUUCAACGUCGUCUUCACCACACCCAAUUCGGGCGACAUCGAAUUCAGCAUGCUCGAUCAAGCAGACUUCGCCGGCAUAAACGAAUACGUCCAGAAACACGGUUUGCAGGAUGCCAGUCUGGCCGCAGACCGACGCGCAAAGAAGCUUAAUGUGAACAAGGUGGGCGGCAAGAAGGAGAAUGGUGCUGCGGUAGAAGAAGCUGGUGCUGAGGAAGAAGAGAGCGAACUGCAGAAGGCAGAGAGGGAGUUGCAGGAUCAGGAGGAUGACGAGGAAGAGGAUGAUGACUUUGACCCUGGGAGUGAGGGCGAGAGCGAAGGCUCAGGAUCGGACAGUGAAGACGAAGACGGUGAAGGUGGUGGGUAUGAAGAGGGUGAUACAGCGGAGGUCGAAUACGAUGAAGCGGACGAUGACAAGAUGGAAGACUAG